GUUUGAAGUCGCUUCGCUUUCUACGGUGGCCAGUGUAGGUCAUUUCUCUUUCCAUUUCCGCGUCUUGGCUCUGCAGCUGUUCCUGAGUCAGCUCCCUAAUCAAACAGCAGCUAAAUGGAAUGAGUAAAUGUGGCUUCAGCGUAUCGGAGGUCAGCGGUUUCAUAUCCGGGAUUUCUGUGGGACAGUCAGCUGACAGCAGUCAGGCAGCUGUGUGAGUGAGAACUUCGACAAGAAACUGAUUAAAAACCAAGUAAUCUCUGAUCAAGUAAACAUGGCAUCUAAUCCACCCAAACUGAAGAUUGAGAUAACUUCCAAUGAAAGGCUGAAAAACUUGAAGGAUCAUUUUGAAGCAAAGUUUGGAGAAUCUCCUCUCUUCUAUGCAUGUGCACCUGGAAGGGUAAAUCUAAUAGGUGAACACAUUGACUACUGUGGAUACUCAGUCCUGCCGAUGGCCAUCGAGCAGAACAUCCUGGCCGCCGUGUCUGUGAACAACUCCGGAACGAUCCAGCUGGCAAACACAAAUCCUCAGUACCAGGAUUUUAAAGUGUCCUGCUCAGAGGACAUCGUCAUAGACAGAGAAAAUCCAAAGUGGUAUUAUUAUUUUCUCUGUGGAGUCAAAGGUAUCCAGGAGAAGUUUGGGAUCGGUCGUCUAGCUGGAAUGUCUUGUGUUGUUGAUGGAACCAUUCCUCCCAGUUCUGGUCUGUCCAGUUCAAGUGCCUUAGUUUGCUGUUCUGGCCUCUUAACGAUGGAGGCGAACCAGAAAUCUCUUUCUAAGGUGGAUCUGGCUGAGAUAUGCACCAAAAGUGAGCGCUACAUCGGGACAGAGGGAGGAGGCAUGGACCAGUCCAUUUCAUUCCUGGCAGAGAAAGGAACUGCGAAGCUGAUAGAGUUCCAGCCUCUGAGGGCCACCGAUGUCCAGCUCCCAGACGGGGCCGUGUUUGUGAUCUCCAACUGCUGUGUUGAGAUGAACAAAGCUGCUUCUUCUCACUACAACAUCCGGGUGGUGGAAUGUCGGAUUGCAACAAAGAUGUUGGCGCAGGCUCGAGGUCUGGAUCCAAGCAGGUUGAUGAAGCUUUCUCAGGUUCAGACGGAGCUGAAGGCCUCCCUGGAGGAGAUGCUGGCCCUGGUGGACGAGGUGCUGCAUCCUGAGCCGUACAGUUGUGAGGAGAUCUGUAAAGUUCUGGGCAUCUCCACCGAGCAGAUGUGCACAGAGCUGCUGAGCGCUAACACUCAGCAUGUAACAAACUUCAAGCUUCACCAGCGAGCCAAGCAUGUGUACGGUGAAGCUGAACGCGUGAUGAGGUUUAAAAGCAUUUGCGACGCUGGAGCUGCAGGAUCCAUAGCGCUGCUGGGAGAGCUGAUGAACCAGAGCCAUGCGAGCUGCAGAGACCAGUACGAGUGCAGCUGCCCAGAACUGGACCGGCUGGUGGACAUCUGUCUGAAGUCGGGAGCCGUCGGCUCCAGGUUGACCGGAGCGGGCUGGGGAGGCUGUGCCGUUUCCAUGGUUACCAGCGAGAAGGCGGCAUCUUUCCUCCGAGCUGUCAGAGAUGCUUACUACACGCCGGACCCGUGCAGAGCGGCGAUGGAGCAACAAAGUCUGUUUGUGACGAAGCCGGCGGGCGGAGCUGCAGUCCUACUGGAGGAGUGAAUUAUACAACCGAUGUUUACUUGUUUAUUUUGCAAACAAAUCAGCUACAACAAAUGCAAA